CAGCCCUCCGCCGCCACGCGCUGAGCAGCCCGCGUCAGCUGCUGCAGGGACCGUGCUGCUGCUGCUGCGUCUGCCGCGCCUUGGCCACCAUGUCAGGGGGCGCCUCGGAGAACGGCGCGGCGGCUGCGGCUCCUCGCUUCCUGGCUCCGCCGCCGCCCCCGCCCAAGAACGGCUCCAGCUCCGACAGCUCCGUCGGCGAGAAGCUGGGGGCCGCCGCCGCCGCCGCCCCGGACCCUGACGGCUCGGAAGGUGGCGGGGGCCGCAACGAGGAGUAUCUCCGCCGCCGCCACACCAUGGACAAGGACAGCCGCGGCGUGGCCGCCACCGAGCACCGCUUUUUCCGCCGGAGCGUCAUUUGCGACUCCAACGCGACCGCCCUGGAGCUCCCCAGGCUGCAGCCCGCAGCGCCUCCUCCCGCUGCAGCCGGCCGAGGGAGCAUCCCGCCGGUGCUGGGCUCGCCUCCGGAGUCUGUCAUCCAGGCUGCCUGCGCCUCCGGCACCACCAGCCAACCCCCCGCGCUGCUCCUGCAGCAGCAACCGUCGCUGCCUCCGCCUGCAGAGGGGCAGCCUGGUCAAGAGCCCCUGGCAGCCAAGGACGCUGCCCCGCUGCUGGCUAAGGAGGAAGGCUUGGAAGCCACCCCGCUGCCCCCUACCAGCACAGCCGGAAGCUCUGUGACUGCUACCCGGGAGCUACAAGAAGAACGGAGUCGGCAGCAGGAAGAUAUUGAGGAGCUGGAGACCAAAGCGGUGGCUUUUUCCCCGGAUGGUCGCUUUCUUAAGUUUGAUAUCGAGAUUGGCAGGGGCUCCUUCAAGACAGUCUACAAGGGGCUGGACACUGAGACCACCGUGGAAGUUGCUUGGUGCGAGCUGCAGGAUCGGAAGCUGUCCAAAUCGGAACGGCAGCGGUUUAAGGAGGAGGCUGAAAUGCUGAAAGGGCUGCAGCAUCCUAACAUUGUUCGGUUCUAUGAUUCCUGGGAAUCAACGGUGAAGGGAAAGAAGUGUAUAGUUCUGGUUACAGAACUUAUGACUUCUGGCACUCUGAAAACAUACCUGAAAAGGUUUAAAGUGAUGAAAAUUAAAGUACUUCGAAGCUGGUGCCGGCAAAUACUGAAGGGUUUACAGUUCCUGCACACGCGCACACCUCCCAUUAUUCAUCGUGACUUGAAGUGUGACAACAUCUUUAUCACUGGCCCUACAGGAUCAGUCAAGAUAGGAGACUUGGGUUUGGCAACCUUGAAGCGAGCUUCUUUUGCAAAGAGUGUCAUAGGUACCCCAGAGUUCAUGGCACCCGAGAUGUAUGAGGAGAAAUACGAUGAAUCCGUUGAUGUAUAUGCUUUUGGAAUGUGUAUGCUUGAGAUGGCUACGUCUGAAUAUCCUUAUUCUGAGUGCCAAAAUGCUGCGCAGAUCUACCGUCGAGUAACCAGUGGAGUCAAGCCAGCUAGUUUUGAUAAAGUAGCAAUUCCUGAAGUAAAAGAAAUCAUUGAGGGAUGCAUUCGUCAAAACAAAGAUGAAAGAUACGCUAUCAAGGACCUUUUGAAUCAUGCAUUCUUCCAGGAAGAAACUGGUGUACGGGUAGAGUUGGCAGAAGAAGAUGAUGGAGAGAAGAUUGCCAUCAAACUCUGGUUACGAAUUGAGGAUAUUAAAAAACUUAAGGGAAAAUAUAAGGACAAUGAAGCGAUAGAAUUUUCUUUUGAUUUGGAGAGAGAUGUCCCAGAAGACGUAGCACAAGAAAUGGUUGAGUCUGGAUAUGUCUGUGAAGGGGAUCACAAGACAAUGGCCAAGGCCAUAAAGGACAGAGUUUCCUUAAUCAAGCGAAAGAGGGAGCAACGUCAGUUAGUGAGAGAAGAGCAGGAGAAAAGAAAGCAAGAAGAAAUCAAUCAGAAGCAGCAGAUAGAACAGCAGUUACAAGCGGGUGCUACCCAGCAAGGGGCAAAGCAUGCUGCUCCUGCCACUGGUACCACUGCCAUCCCCACAACUUCAGCUUCAGUAUCUACACAAGUAGAACCUGAAGAACCAGAGGCUGAUCAGCAUCAACAGCUGCAAUACCAGCAGCCCAGCAUUUCAGUGCUCUCUGAUGGGACUGUUGACAGUGGUCAGGGAUCAUCUCUGUUUACUGAAUCAUGUAUGAGUAGCCAGCAGACUGCUUCCUAUGGCUCCCAGCAUGAACAGGCUGUCCCAACAGUUCCAGCCCCAGGAUAUACAGUUCCUGUUGGCCAGCCUCAACCACAACAGCCUGGAGUUUAUCAGGCAUCUGCAGUGCCUCGUCGUGGCUGUAGCAUGUCAGUUGGUGCUUCCCCUCUUUCUUUCUCCCCUCUCCGCAACAUCCCUUUCAGUGCUCCUUCCACUCCGCCAUCAGCGUUGUCUGCACCUCUCUCUCCCUCCCACCUUCGGACUGCUCCUGAGGAAACCUUUGGUGAAAAGCUUUCCAAAGCCCUGGAGAGUGUCCUGCCCAUGCACACUGCCUCUCCACGCAAGCACCGGCGUUCCAGCCUGCCUUCCCUCUUUGUCAGCCCUCCUCACUCCAUGGUGCAUCCGUGUGGGGGAACCCCAACAUUCCCAGAUUCCCAGGUAUUUUUUCCAACCGUUCAUGAACGGCCAGUGUCCUUCUCACCACCACCCAUCUGCCCUUCGAGGGUGGCCUUUUCUCAGCGGCGCAAGAGCACUUCCAUCCUUGAAGCCCAAACGUGCCACUUCCAGCCACUGCUCAAGACUGGUCAAAGUUUGCUUCUCCCAGGUGGUAGUCCGACUGCUUGGACGCCAGAAGCACUAGUGACAAUGAGCACCACAGCUCACAAAUCUACAGGAGAGCAUAUGCAGGCUAAUCCUGUUUUUGAGUCGGCUCAAGUAUUCGGUGAUUACAGGCCUGGACAAGCAGCUUCUGAGGGGGCUAAAAAUGUAUUGACUCAAGAAGCAGUGUAUUUAAUGAGCAUGCAUUAUCAGCCCCAGUUGCCUGAAAACUAUGAUACUGUAUCUCAUAAUUCCCAUGGGACUGAGCAACAUUUGCAGCAGGCACCUGAACAAAGAAAUUUGUAUGGUGGCCCUCUUCAGGGUUCUACAUUUGAGUAUCAAACUGGGCAGACUUUUUUGGCAAGACAGAUUCAGAACUUGAGGCUGGAUUCUGGAAUGAAUCCACUAUCACCAUUGUCUAGCAUGUCAACCCCGCUGAGUGCGGAUCCCACACAGAUGAGUUUUCACCAGGUAUUCGUCCCACAUUCUGCACCUGCUGUACUCACUCAGAGUGGUGAUGGCAGAACAAGCUGUGUAUUUGAGUUUCAUGUUCAAGCAUCUACUGCAUCUCCAGGAGAAGGUGCAGUCAUACCCCAACGUGUAUAUAGAAAUCGUCGAGGCUCCACAGAUUGUAAUCAGGAGGAGUCUCCUCAAACGACUGUACAGCCUGGCCGCCUUCAGCCCGUUACAGAAGAGCAGUGUAACUUCCUGGGCUCUGAGUUCAUGGUGCCUAGAGGCAGUUCUGUUCUGCAGAUCUGGCCGGAAGGUAGCCCAGGAUACUCAAGUGACUCCUCACAGUUGACUUCCUCAGACACUGGUGACUUCCUGUCUCCUCCUCCCACUGGGGCAUCUACAUCAUACGUUUCAGAUUUGUCUCUGCCUGCUUCCCAGCUGGCUCAGAAGGUAUUUCAAGAUUCGCAGGUCUUCAUCCAUUUCCCACAGGGAACUUCAUCUCAACAGACUUUCUCGACACUGGUUUCUUCAGGACCAUCUACACUCUAUUCUCAGACACAGCUGCCAGGGCAGCCAGGCUCAAGUGGCUCGUCAGUAGGCACAUCUUCCCAGCUUAUGCAUCAAGGCCAGCAGAGUUCUCAGCAGCCAGCCUCUUCCCAGCAGACUGGGCAAUACCAAGUUCAGCAGCCAUCAGUUUCUAGUGGAGCAGCACCAUCCCAGCCAGUUACACAAACAGCGCAAAUCAUGCCCAUGCCUCAGGUAGCAGCUGGGACACAGCUUCCUGUUUCCCAGCAAGUGCCGAUCAUCCAAGGUGAACCACAGUUACCUAUUGCCACUCCUCCUCUUCCUCAGCCUUCAGUUGCCCCAGUUAUGCCAAUUGGCUCUCACUUUCUCCCUAUGGGGCAGCCACUACAAGCUCCCCUUCUUUCACAAUUCUCAGUCUCUCAGCUGCCCAUAGCCACACCUCACGCAUCAGUGGCUCAACCUGGCUUCCAGUCUCUACCCAUCUCUAUGGCAGCUGGUAUUAACCAGCCUUUGCUCACCCUGGCUACAUCUGCAGCAGCAGCUGCUAUUCCUGUGGGCUCAACUGUUGUCCCUAGCCAGAUUCCAACUCUACUUCAGCCGGUGGCUCAACUGUCCAGCCAGGUUCUCCCACAGCUUCUACAGCCAGCUGUUCAGUCCGUGGGAUUGCCAGCCACUCUUGGACAAACUGAAGUGCCACUUCCAUCUACAGAUGCUGUGUACCAGGGCUUCUCACCUCGGCUACCAGUGCAGUAUACAGGAGACUCAAAUAUUGCUCCUUCUUCUGUGGCCUCUGCUUGCCUCCCUUCUGCAGUACUAUCCCCUCCCUUACCCACAGAUGCUUUGCCUCAACCAGGCUGUCUUGCUGCAGUAGUACAGCCUUAUAUGGAACAGAAUUUAGUUCCUUUGGGUGGUCUAGGAGGACAGGUUCAAGUUCCACAGCCUGUUACCUGUUUAGCUCAGCAGGUUUUCUCUGCAUCCUCACAGAAAUCAGCAUUAGAGAAUACAUCUGGAGUCUGUCAGGCUACAACCUUCGAGCCCCAGCCACCAGUACAGCAACAGCCUUCACAGUCAACCUCAUUGGUUUCCUCAAUAGACAGUGCCCAUUCAGAUGUUGCUUCAGGCUUAAGUGAUGGCAAUGAGAGUGUUCCAGCAUCUGGUGGGAGACAUGAAGGGAGGACCACAAAACGACACUAUCGGAAGUCAGUACGGAGCCGUUCUCGCCAUGAGAAGACUACACGUCCAAAACUAAGAAUUCUCAAUGUUUCGAACAAAGGAGAUCGGGUUGUGGAGUGCCAGCUGGAGACACACAAUAGAAAAAUGGUUACUUUCAAAUUUGACUUGGAUGGAGACAACCCAGAGGAAAUAGCCAUUAUCAUGGUACAAAAUGAAUUUAUUUUGGCAACAGAGAGAGAAUCGUUUGUUGAGCAGGUGCGUGAGAUCAUAGAAAAAGCAGAUGAAAUGCUCAGUGAGGAUGCCAGUGGUGAGCCAGAAGGUGAUCAAAGCAUGGACAGUAUGCAAACCCAGAAAUUGGAUGGAGACUUCAAGCAGCCAGAUCCUGUGUCUUCCAUGCCACAGAGAAUAGGUGUUCCUCCUAGCUCAUUAACUCAGGUUGUCCAUUCUGCUGGAAGACGGUUUAUUGUCAGUCCUGUUCCAGAGAGUAGGUUACGAGAACAGAAAUUUUUUACUUCCGCCCCAUCAGAAAAUGAACUUUCUGAUAUUGUUGUUGCUUCUCCAUCUCAUGGCCCUGGGAUGAACCUCUCUCACUCUGCAUCAUCACUCAGUCUGCAGCAAGCAUUCUCAGAGCUCAAGCAUGGGCCAGUGACAGAAGGACCAAGCACGGCCCCCCCGGUUUUUAACCAGGCCAUACCGUCUUUUCCAUCUCUCAGUACAAGUGAGAUUGGGCCACUACCAUCAGCACCAGUCACUGUUUCUUCAGUGUCACUUCCUUCCAACAUUAGCGUUUCUUUACCAGCAACUCAGUCUGUUAGCACACAGCCAGUAGAAAAAAUGACUGCUGGGCUUCCUUCAGGUGAAGAACUAUCUGGCUCAAAUUCCCCACCCCCAGUGUUGCAUUCUGGGCUACAGUUAGUUAGUGGAGUGGUUUCCAGUAUCAGCGCACCUUCUUUUUCAUCAACAGCAUCCCAGGUAGCUUCUUCAAUUGGAGAAGUUGUCCCUAGUGUUAGUACCCCUGCUUCUCUAACAUUGCCACAAGCUGGAACAACAGGGUCUAGUGUUACUAUAUCAGGAACCAUGACACAGUCUGUUACAGGUCAGCAGGUUGGUACUGCUCUUCCGGCAGCAUCUCAGACAUCUGCACCAGUGUCUUUGGCACAGAGCAUGGUUUCACAGUCUUCACAACUGAACACUAGUAGCUCUGUUCCUAGCCUAGCAGAAAUGGUGGCUGUAAACAUAUUGCACCCAAAAUCAGAGAGUAAGCUGUUAUCAGACAAGCCAGGUGAGAUGGCCUUGCCUGUUUCGGUAACUUUGCCGUCUGCAAUAGCAUCAAGUAUGUCUAAUUCUGUGUCUCAGUCUGCUGUGGUACAGUCUCUUCCUAUCCCACUGGCAGUUACCUCCUCUGUCCUAGCCCCAGUAGCAGGUGCAGUCUCUACUCCAGUAUUACCCCAGGUUCCUUUACCUGGCAUUUUGCCACAGGCACACCCAGUAGCUAAUGUGCCUGUAGUGCAGCAAACUUUAAUACAUAGUCAGCCUCAACCAGCUCCAUUACCCAAUCAACCUCAUACCCACUGUCUGGAAGCAGAUGCUGACUCUCAACCCAAAGCACCUGGCAUAGAUGACAUAAAAACCCUGGAAGAAAAACUACGAUCACUCUUCAGUGAACAUGGUGCUGCUGGAGCAGCACAUCCAUCUGUGUCUCUGGAGACGUCAUUAACAGUGGAGACAACCGUCAUGCCUGGCUUGCCAACAACUGCUGUUGCACCUACAAAACCUGUAGCACCUGUUGCAAGCGCUAGUGUACCACCAGCCACCUUGUUGCUCGGUCCAACAGGUUUACCUGUUAUGACACCUCUUGCUACACCUGUUCAAGCCGGUACCCCGGUCAGCUGUGUCCCAGCAGCAUGUGCCAUUGCACCAGGAACAACUAAACCAGGGACCCCUCCUUCAAAGCCACCUCUUAGCAGGGUACCGGCACCAGUAGGUUCUGAACUUCCAGCUGGCACUCCACCCAGUGAGCAGCUGCCACCUUUUCCAGGACCUUCACUAACUCAGUCCCAGCAACCUCUGGAAGACUUGGAUGCUCAGUUGAGAAGAGCUCUGAGUCCAGAGACUGUCCCAACAACGUCGACAACUACCUGUGCUCUGCCAUCUGUGGCUUCUACAACUGUUACUGGAGUGAUGAGUGCACUAGAACAGCCUACAAAUACUGUUUCAGAUUCUCAAGAUGCAGAGAGUUGUGCCACUACUACUGCCUCAGGGGUUGCCGUUCUAAAGAUGGGUCGCUUUCAGGUGUCAGUGGCUGUGGAUGAUCAGAAAGACAGUAGAAAUAAGGCCAAGCACUUUGACACAACCACCACAGAUUCCUCAUCUUUGUCCAGCAGUAGCCCAGAAAGUACUCUGGUGAAGUCAGACCCCAGUGGAACCGCUGAAGCCAUGGUGGCUACCUCAGAUGUGGUGGAUGGAGUCUUUUCACAAGCUUCUGCCAUGCAGAUGCAGCCAACCAAGGUUGGGCGUUUCCAGGUGACAACAACAACUGACCAAGUGGGUCGUUUUUCUGUAUCAAGAACUCAAGAUGAUGUGACUUGUGUGGAGAGAGAGAUCCCUGGGAUAGUCCCUUUGUCUGCAGACUCAGAGCAAAUUUCUUCUCCAUUCACAACGCCUAAAUCGGAGCUUGCUGGGAGAAGACUUUCCCUUCAUCUGAAUGGACCAUCAUCUGAGCUAGAGGCUGCCUUCCUAAGUGGGGUGGCUAAAGAAAUGGAUGAAGGCUCAGGAAGUCCAGACUCACUGCAUCCUCCUGGGUCCAAGAUCAGUCUUCCAGUACAGAGCCUUAGCAACUCCUUUAACUCUUCCUACAUGAGCAGUGAUAAUGAGUCAGACAUAGAAGAUGAAGACUUGAAGUGUGAGCUGCGCCGAUUGCGUGAGAAGCACCUUAAAGAGAUCCAAGAGCUUCAGAGUCGCCAGAAGUUGGAGAUCGAACUGCUUUAUACAAAACUGGGGAAGGUGCCUCCAGCUGUCAUCAUCCCUCCGGCUGCUCCUCUGUCAGGAAGGCGUCGAAGACCUACUAAAGGAAAAAGCAGCAAAUCCAGUCGCAGCAGUUCCCAGGGUAACAAGAGCCCUCAGAUUUCAGGCAAUCUGUCUGCUCAGAGUGCACCUUCAGUCUUGCCCCCACAGCAGACCUUACACCCUCCUGGCAGUGCUUCAGAGACAGGACAGAAUCAUCUGUUACAGCCCCUUAAACCAUCUCCUUCUAGUGAGAACCUCUACUCUGCCUUUACCAGUGAUGGUGCCAUUUCCAUACCAAGCCUUUCUGCACCGGGCCAAGGGACCAGCAGUACUAAUACAGUUGGAGGUACAGUGAACAGUCAGGCACCUCAGUCUCAGCCUCCUGCCUCUAGCCGGAAAGGGACCUUUACAGAUGACCUGCACAAGCUAGUGGACAACUGGGCUCGUGAUGCCAUGAACCUCUCUGGCAAGAAAACUAGCAAGGGUCAUAAUAAUUAUGAGGGCCCGGGAAUGGCGAGGAAAUUCUCUGCACCAAGCCAGCUCUGCAUCUCGAUGACAUCUUCUCUUGGUGCCACACCCAUCUCUGCAGCGUCAGCUACCUCCCUAGGCCACUUCACAAAGGCCAUGUGCCCCCCUCAGCCGUACGGUUACCCUGCAGUGCCCUUUGUGGCUCCCUGGAGUGGGACUGGUGGUCCAGCACAGCAGCCUUUAGGCCAAUUCCAGCCUGUUGGAGCUGCCUCCUUGCAAAGCUUCAAUAUCAGCAACUUGCAGAAAUCUAUCAGCAACCCCCCAGGCUCUAAUCUGCGGACCACUUAAUGAAACCCAGACACACUGCUGGGUAGAACCUGGGGGGGGGAUGGGGCCCUGAAUCAACUACUAGGCUGCCACGAACUGGCUGUUAGUGCCCAGAGGGGAAUGGAUUCCCCCUCUAACCAUUGCUCUUUGCUCUCAGUAAGAAAAGCCCCCCAUUCUGAAGAUGGGGAGAAGGGUGACCAGGAUCUUCCAUGAUGGGACAUGCUUCCUCUAGUUCUUGUACGUGGCUAAGUACGUAAUGGUGGAAAUUGCCAAGCAAACCAAUAGCCUUCUGUACAACUCCUUGGGUUUGAGAGGCUGAAUCCACAGUGGGUUGAGGUGAGGGAGUUGCUGUUUGUUCUAGCAUGAAUCUUUAGUAUGCUGUUUGUCUUGCUCUGAGGAAUCAAGCUUAGGGAAAAGCUGUCCAUGUUUCCAUCUUCUCUCUCCUUUUCCUCCAACCAUCACAUCGGAGUGCCUGAGAUGAUGGGGCACAGAGGUGGACUUGCAGAACAGCCCAUGCUUUGAGAUAGGUCAUUACUGCUUUAAAGUAAAAGAUAUUAACAGCUUUGACUGCAGCAUUAGAGCAAUUUAAAAUUGUUUAGAAGAUAAAUUUUUAAAAGUUCCCUGCGGACAUGUACUUACCAUCAGUUUUGAUGUGGAAACACUGUGAUAUAUAAAUGUUGUUGGACAACAGUAGUUUAAAAAUGAGUGGAGUAUAGAGAGUUAAACAGUUAAAAGGAAAAAAGGGGGGAAAGCUAGCUAUAUCCUGAUACUUAUUGGAGACACUUUAACUUUUUUCCUUUGUAUUUUCAUUGUAUUAGAUAAAUGUGAAUGUAUAAUUGUAUAAAUUAAUGUACUUGAAUACUUGUCUGUUCUCCCAGUAUGCUUGCUGGAUAUUUUAGUGCCUUGGACUUUUAUUGCUUCUGCAGUUAGCAUCACCAUCCCAGCAGACUUUAGACAGGCAGAGGGAAAUGGCGGUUAUUUGGACAUAGUCACUGGAAUACCAAAGGGUUUAACAGAUUGGAUGUUCAUACUAUAGUAGUUUCUAGAGUAGGUGUUGGACGGGGAGCUACUGCAGCUGUAUGUUGGAGAAGUCAAGUUAUAGAGUGAAGGGAGAACAUAUGAGGUUGAUGAAACAGCAGCACUGGGAGCUUAAUACAGGAAUGCUGAAAUGAAUGGGUAUAGUGACCAGAGUAAAAACUGGACUGAAAAAGAACAGAGGGAACAGGGAAGAAGGGUUUUUUCCCCAUGAAAGGGUCAGCUCCUAUGGGUGGUUUGACUUUUAAGCUUGAUGUAGUAAAGUUUUUGCGGGGGGUGGAUAAGGGUGAUUAAUGUUGUAGAUGGAGCUAUAACUCUGGGAAUGGAGAGUGUCUGCUGGGAUUCCCCACCCCACCCCUUAAUUCAAUCCAUACAGGCCAGGAACAGAACUUCCUGGUGCAACAUCCAUUGCCAAUGAUGGAUACACUUGAAACAGCCAGCAUAAAAGAAAAAUUGCUCUCUCUUUACAAUUUUUUCCCAUGUCUAAAGGACUUAAAACUGGGUACCAGGACUGUAACUAACUGUGUUGCCUUCUAGUAGAUGUACUGUAUUCUCCUACUUUUCCACUCAAAAUACUGGUUCCCUAUUCAAACAAAAUACUGCAACCAACUAGUAUUACUCUCUAUUGCUGCAGCAGGCUGCAAAGGGUCAAAGUACCUCUUGCUUUGUACUUGGGAGCAGCUUUGCUGCUGGUCUGGAAGUCUACUAGGGAGAUUUAGCUUCCUGACGUUCCUCUGAGGUUGCAGAGAGUUUGUUCUUUCUGUACUUAGUUUGCUCUUCCCUCAAAUACAUACACAGGUUUUUUUCUUUUUUUUUUCCACCUCAUGUUGACGUUUACAGUUGGUUUGUCAGAAAGAAGGGUUGGGCUGGGGCAUGUGGGCUGGAUAAGCAAAAGAAUGAUGUCUAUAGGCCUAGGUUUCAGCUUUUCGGACUUGAGGAGAAAAGGCAGGGCGCAGGGGGUAGGGCUUUCUGCUGAAGAAAUUAACAGAAAAGCUUUGUGAAGACACAAAAUAAGGUUGAUGGGCAGAAAGAUGAAGGAGCAAUAAGGAAAUAUGCCACUUCAUGGUAGAGGAACUGGUCAACUGAGUGUUGCACAAGGGUGGUAUUUUGGUUUAAGAUGUUUGAGGUCGGGUUAUCACUUAGUUAUGCAAGAGCUGGUUUUAUUUACCAUUGAUUACCCUCCUGUGGAUGAAAUAACUGAGGUCUAGAGGAAUAAACUAAUGCUACUGAACUGUUAAAUUAUUUUGUGUUAAUAUUACACUUUAAGUACCUUUUUCCACAAGAUCUGUUUCUGAAUUACAGAUGUUUUCUUUACAUUAUUUAACAAUGUACACUGUAAAAAAAUAAAAUAAAAUGAAUUCAAACCUUGGGCUUCCCUGGCCGUAGUUAAUGGUAUGUUUUGCACUAAAUCCAGGCAUUGCGCUUCCUGUAUGAUUGCGCUUUGUGCUGCAGUUUGUUACUUUCUUUGUAGAUAUUUAAUGAAAUCAUUCAAAUAAACCAAACCUGCUUUUGUUGA